AUGUCUACCAACAAUCCGUCCUGCGUUGUCAAUAAUUCAGAUUUCGUAGAGGGCGUUCUGGCGAGUACAGGGAUCGGAUCCAAUAUUGGAAUUGGCCUCCCACCCCCAGGUUUCACCUCUGAAGAUACUUCUAUUUUAACACAUCCUUGUAACUCCUUGUCUGGCCUUGGUUUUGGUCACUUGAAUGCUUCAUCCUCCGAUGAGAAUGUACUAGGAUAUAGUCAUUGGACAUCCUGCGUUAACGAAAUCAACUUGCCAUCACUGUCAGAUUCAUGUUGUGCUCCUGGCGGCCUAGAUUCAGACGCCGCCCCCCAACUCCCAGACGGUUUCAACCUACUUCCGGACUAUGACGAAGAUGAAGUAAACGAGCAGGAGCAAGAUAAUCAAACAAAAGAUAUUUUGAGGCCCCACGUUUCAGCUAUAGCUGCACAUAAUCGAAUCCAUAGUUCUGAAAUAGCCAGGCUAGAAGGCAGCACUCCUAGAUGUAAUCCUCGGUCGGAUACAAUUAUUCCCAAUGGUCCUGACGCAGUCGACGAUGGGUCCGCACUCACACUAAAGUUUAGAGGACUUUCAUUUAUUGACCAAUCGCAUGCUAAUCAGAUUUGGGCGCCACUAUCUGUUCGAACAAUGGCAGCUGGUCAUGAACUCUGUGGAGUCUCACAUUUAUCAGGAGUCUCCGAUUCUCAUGAUCGACUUCCAUCCGAUAAUAUUUCUGCCACUAGUGUGUUACUGGGCCGUAUAGGCUCCUUUCAAAGUCCUGUCGCCGUUGUUAAUCAGUCAUCUGCUCGUUCGUCUAUUCAAGAUAACAAGUUGGUGUCAGUCCCUGGAUAUCCAACGACUCCUCACCAUCUUGACUUUUUAUCUAUCUGGAGCUCUCCAACUGUUUCAUCGCAAUCAGGUGGAUGCGCGCAUGGUUGUGGUAGUGAUUGCACUAGUGACUUGGACUCUGGUACCAAUCCUGAUUCGCAUAGAUCCAAGGAGCAUAGUGAUACCAAUAAUGGCCAGUGGGUGCAACAUCUUGGCUUGCUACCUAACGACACACGAUCCGAUGUUGUCGAGGAUGGAAUCGACAACUGCAGUUCUACGGGCAAAGGAAACACUUCCUGUGGGCUUGAUAUUUCUGUAGAUUGUGAGGAAGUCAACGGAAAGGAUUUGGUUUCUAACCCUGGUUUUUGCAGUCUCUAUCCUGAGUGGAGUUCCGGAGCUUCCACUGGCUUUCUUGUAAGCUCAUAUGAUUUCUUAAUGAAAUUUUUAACAUGGAUCUGA